CGAUGGUCUUUCUCCGGCGCUGGGUGUGUGAUCCGAGCGCUGCAUUGGUCUGAUGCAAACUGGAGGGCGUGCGUCGGCCAGAAAUAAUAAAAAAGAGGAGGAAGAGAAGAUGAUUUCAUAUAAAAGCAUCAGAAAGAUUGGCAGCCAGAUUGACGUCAUAUCUGUGGAAAAUGAAUUAAAGCAACAUGACCAAGGCUUAUUUCUCAUUCUGCAAUUAUACUGAGCAAGUGCUGAAUUGGCUGUAGUAACUCUGUGAUAUUCAGCUUUUCGUUGACAAACCAGAAAGAUGGGAAAAUAAAUUGGCCUUUAACAAAUGCAAUACCAUGCUCACAUCGAAGAGGAUAAUAGCCCUCCUCAUGCUAACAUCAUAAGGGCUGCAAAAAGACCAAAUAUCUGUCCUCUUUGGAUGUUUCAAGCAGUAUAAAAAAGUGACUUCCUCAUGACAACAUGUCAGUGAAAGAUCUCAGCCCCCGACAUAGUUCAAAAUCACGUGUUGUACAGCGGGCCUCUACUGUUGAAGUUGCCUCUGAUAUGUCAGGUUUAUCCUUGACAGGAAACAUCCAAGAUCCAGAUGAGCCAAUCUUAGAAUUUAGUUUAGCUUGCAGUGAACUGUUAACUCCAUCACUAGAUAGGAAGCCAAAUUGUUUUGUAGCAGUGAGUGUAACUACACCACCUCAGGCAUUCUGGACAAAGCAUGCUCAAACAGAAAUUAUUGAGGGCACAAAUAAUCCCAUCUUUCUAAGCAGCAUUGCCUUUUUUCAAGACUCUCUUAUUAAUCAGAUGACACAAAUUAAACUUUCUAUAUACGAUGUAAAAGAUAGAUCUCAGGGAACUAUGUAUUUAUUGGGUUAUGUGAUAUUCACUGUACAGGAUCUACUUAAGGAGAAAAGUCAUAGGCUGCAUUUAACACUAAGAUCUGCUGAAAAUGACCGUGUCGGGAAUAUUACAGCCAUAGGAUGGCAGAUGGAAGAAAACACAGACGAAAGGCCUCCUGUGACCAGAUCUCCUGAUACUAUUAAUGGAAGAACUGUGCUACCAGUUGAUGAAAGUUUGACAGAGUCCUUAGGAAUCCGUUCCAAAUAUGCUUCAUUACGAAAAGAUGCACUAUUAAAAUCGGUGUUUGGAGGUGCCAUUUGUCGGAUGUAUCGUUUUCCUACCACUGAUGGCAACCAUCUGAGGAUUUUGGAACAAAUGGGAGAGAGUGUGCUCUCUUUACACAUUCCCAGGCAAUUUGUGAAAUUGCUGCUAGAGGAAGAUGCUGCAAGGAUUUGUGAACUUGAAGAACUGGGAGAGCUGUCACCUUGCUGGGAAAGUCUUCGUCGGCAAAUAGUCACUCAGUACCAAACAAUUAUUCUGACCUAUCAGGACAACUUGACAAAUCUUCAUCAAUAUAAAGGACCAUCAUUCAAGGCAAGUAGUCUGAAAGGUGAUAAAAAGCUUGAAUUCAUGCCAACAAAUUUACAUAUACAGCGAAUGAGAGUCCAGGAUGAUGCAGGAUCAGAUGAGAAUUAUGACAUUGUAACUAUAGGAGCACCAGCAGCUCACUGCCAGGCCUUUAAAUCUGGAGGUCUCCGGAAAAAGUUACAUAAAUUUGAAGAUGCAAAGAAACACAGUUUUGAGGAAAGUUGCACUGCAACCAAUUCCCAGUCUAUAAUAUACAUACCACAAGAUAUUAUUCGAGCAAAGGAGAUUAUUGCACAGAUCAAUAUCCUGAAAACUCAAGUUAGUUACUAUGCAGAAAGACUUUCGAGAGCUGCCAAGGAUAAAUCAUCAAAUGGACUUGAGAGAACACUUGCCAUUUUGGCAGAUAAGACCCGGCAGCUUGUCACUGUCUGUGACUGCAAGCUGUUGGCAAAUUCAAUUCAUGCCCUCAAUGCUGCAAGACCGGACUAUAUAGCUUCAAAGGCUUCUCCAACAUCUACAGAAGGAGAACAAGUGGUGCUAAGAAAUGACCAAGAUACUUUGGUGGCCAGGUGGGCAGGAAGAAAUAGCCGUUCUUCUCUACAGGUGGACUGGCAUGAAGAAGAGUGGGAAAAAGUCUGGGUGAAUGUUGAUAAAAGUCUUGAAUGCAUUAUCCAGAGGGUUGACAAGCUUCUCCAGAAAGAACGAUUACAAAGUGAUAGCUGUGAAGAUGUUUUCCUGUGUGAAGUCAGCUGUUCUAGCAAGAAAGGUAAACGAGAUACCCGUGCAUACUGGAUAAAGCCAGAGACCUUAAAUGAAAUCAUCUCAUCUUCAUCAUCCCUACCAUCAUCUUCAUCCAUUUCAUCCUCUGCAUGCCAUUUUCCCAGAAUCACAAAUUGCAGUCCUACUCCUGAAGAAUCCAACCCAGGUGAAUGGAGUGAGGCUCUUUAUCCUCUGCUAACAACGCUCACGGACUGUGUGGCCAUGAUGAGUGACAAAGCAAAGAAAGCAAUGGUCUUUCUUUUAAUGCAGGACAGUGCCCCCACCAUAGCUCUUUGCUUAAGCCUUCAGUACCGGAGGGAUGUGGUCUUUUGCCAAACUCUUACAGCCCUGAUCUGUGGUUUCAUUAUCAAACUGAGGAAUUGCCUGCAUGAUAAUGGAUUCCUGAGGCAGCUGUAUACCAUUGGUCUGCUGGCCCAAUUUGAAAGCCUUUUAAGUACUUACGGAGAAGAAUUGGCUAUGCUAGAAGAUAUGAGUGUGGGAAUAAUGGACUUGAGAAAUGUAACAUUUAAAGUAACUCAGGCCACUUCCAGUGCAUGUGCUGAUAUGCUGCCAGUCAUUACAGGAAAUCGGGAUGGAUUUAAUGUGAGGAUUCCACUACCAAGCACCUUGUUUGAUGCCUUGCCUCGUGAAAUCCAGAGUGGCAUGUUGCUGAGAGUUCAACCAGUACUCUUCAACGUGGGAAUCAACGAACAGCAAACUUUAGCAGAAAAGUUUGGUGAUACCUCCUUGCAGGAAAUUAUUAACAUGGAAAGCUUAGUACGGUUGAAUUCCUACUUUGAGCAGUUCAAAGAAGUUUUGCCUGAAGACUGUCUACCUCGAUCUCGGAGUCAAACGUGCCUGCCUGAACUGUUGAGGUUCCUUGGUCAGAAUGUACAUGCAAGAAAAAAUAAGAAUGUUGAUAUUCUUUGGCAAGCUGCUGAGAUUUGCCGCAGACUAAAUGGUGUUCGGUUUACAAGCUGUAAAAGUGCCAAGGAUCGGACUGCCAUGUCGGUGACUCUGGAGCAAUGUCUCAUACUGCAACAUGAACAUGGAAUGGCUCCACAGGUUUUCACUCAGGCCCUGGAGUGUAUGAGGAGUGAGGGCUGUCGAAGAGAAAAUACAAUGAAGAAUGUUGGAUGUCGCAAAUAUGCAUUUAAUUCCUUGCAGCUGAAGGCUUUCCCCAAGUAUUACAGGCCUCCUGAAGGAACUUAUGGAAAAGUUGACUCAUAGGAUUAUGGUGUCUUGUAAUUUAGUUGUUCCGUUAAAAUAUGUGAAUACACUCAACUUUAGUAUAUGAACUUUGAUGACAAUGUCAUAAAAAAUGCUUUUGUAUGUUUCACUAGGAAAUACUGAGCAUGUAAUUUUGUUAAAUUGAAUUCCAUAGAAAGAAAACAAUUACGUGCUGAAUAAUUAUAACAUGAAACUAAUGUAAUGAUUGCCCUGUGUAAGAUGCCUGCAUAUAUUAGUUAAUUAAUCUCUUGCCUAAAUAAGAAAGAUAAUUCCUAGACUGUGGAGGAUUUUGUGAAUUAGGCAGCUGUUUCCCUCAUUUUUAUACUGAUUUUAUUUAAAACUUUCAUAAUACUUUUUAAAACCUCAGUGCUGUAAAUAGUAAAUAAAUUGGAAAUGAGGAGUUUUGACAAGUACAACAGGUAUUACAAGUAGAAGAAAAGGCAGUUUUAAAAACAGAGCAGUGCAUUAAGAUAUAAAGUUGGGGAUUUAAAUUUAUUAGAACACUAUUAUAUAAAAAAGUUAUAUAGGAGCCAGGAACUGACACAUAACCCUAUUUGACUUGAUUUAGAAAGUGGAUUGAAAGGUGAUAAUUUCAGGUAAGGAAAAAACCUAUUACAUUCCAACACCUAAAACCCUUUUAAAAUACAAGGAAAUGAUACUUGCACAUAAGAAAAUAUUGUCUGCAUCUAGUAAAGCAUUACUUAGCCCUAAACAAUGAAUCCGAACAGAAGGUAUGGUAUCCAUAUCUAUCUACAAAACAGAAGUGGAUUUUUACCUGCAGAAGGACUUCAUUGGGCUGAAUCAUCUGUGUCUUCCACAUCAUAAUAAUGUUAAUCACUGUCAGUUUAUCCUAUUUUGUUUCCUUGUGAGUUAGCUGAUUCCACAGUGAUAUGUAGUGCAAACCAGUCUAUACAAAAGUUCCUUCUUGUAAUGACAAGAAUGUUUUUGCAUAGAAAAACUGUCCUAUGCACUUAAGACUUCUGCUUGCUUGUUAGAUCCUAUCCAGAAUGUAGGUGCACUUUAGUUUACAGAAAUCAGUGUUCCUCAUUUUCCUGUUGAAACUCCUACUUUGAAUAUAUCGUUUUAUAUAAAAUAUUUCCGGUACCCAUUACUAAUUUUUGAAACUCAGUAGUCUACAAUUUGUUCCAGAACAUUAGAAUUUGAAUUUCAGGUUAAUGAAUUGACAGAAAAGGGGAAUAUUAUUAUUCCCCUUCUCCCCACAUUUCCCAAAUUUCCAUGAACACCCUCCUGGCAUUGCUAAACUAUAACUUAAUCCUUUGUUCAUUAUUAUUCCUGUAACAAAUUUUAAAAGCAAGAUGAACUACCACUUGAAAAAUAUAGUGGUACCAGUACAUAUUCAUACUUACAGAAGAGUAGAAUAUUCAUCAAAUGACUAUUAAUAUAUAACAAUUUUGAUUAAUAAGUCACUGUAUAUGUUUUUUAUGGGUGUAAAUGUUUAUCCUCUGAAAUGCUGCAGUUCAGAAGUAGCGUUUGGAUGGAUUUUGGAAGCUGUAGGCAGGUUGUGAAAUCCUUCCAACUUUUCAUUCUAACAAUUUAACCCCAGCAUGUUUAAAUUCCACUGAUAUUUGAGGAAUUUACUUAAGUUAGCAUUAUUGGCCAUUUAAUGAAAAGGGGGAAAUGGUGCAAUUUUCAAGAAAGAAUCUGGUAUGCAUUUGCCAUUCAAAUAUUUUACUUUAUUCUGCCUUUUUUUGCACUUUAUAUUUAUUGAAGGUAUGUUCUUUUCAGACCCAAUACAUUUCUUUUAAUGCUGCCUUUUAGUAGCUUAAUGGUUUAAUUCUUAUAUGUACUAAACAAUCCGGAUCCCUCAGGAUUCUGUAAAUUAAUUGAUCAUGCAUUGUUUCUCAAACUUGGUAACUUGGAGAUGUGCAGACUUCAAUUCCUGGGGCUGGGUGAAUUCUGGGAGUUGAAAUUCACACAUCUUCAAGUUACUAAAUUUGGGGAGCACUGCUUUCAAGUCACCUAACAGGCAAAGAAAUAGCCAUAUCUGUUGCUGAUGGAAUUCCUGGUAGUAGCUAAGAGUUAACAGGGCAAGACAGUGAAGUUCAACAAGAGUUGAGAUUUGCAAGUAAGCUUCCCUUUAUCUAGAAAGUUAGCUACAAAACAUUUUAAAACAAAAUACAAAUCAGGCUGCCAUGAAAAGUUGUUCCUUCCAAACUGUACUUGGGCAGGACCUUGCAUAGAGAAUAUAUUCCCUUCUUGAGAUUUCCUGGCACUGAACAACGAGGAACAAUUUCCAGUCUGCAGCUAGCUAGCUAAAGGUAUCUCUCUGCAGCUGUGAAUAUCUUUGGUCUUCCAUCCUCUUCUUCCCGAGGCAGCAGCUGCAUAAGGGGCAGGGAUGGGGAGGCCUGAUGCCAUCUCACUACUCUUCCUACUUCUCCCUCCUCUUCUUCUUCCCAGGAUGAUGCUUCAGCCAGGGGCAGGAUUCUGCUGAAUUAUAUUUAUUGCUCUUUCUUUUCACUGCUUUUAGCGUUUGUAUAAUAUAUUAAAUGGCAGAAUUCUGUAAAAUUGGUGGUGGUUAAAUUUAUAUUUUCAGGAAAACUUCAAAUGUGACAUUUUGAUAUAUGCUAGUUUGUGUAAUUUUUUUUCUCUGUUUACCCUCUUGCCACCCUUCUGUGUGUACAAUGUAUUUAUAUUUUAAAUACUUAAUAUAAUUCACCUUUUAAACACUGCCUUGGCAAGAAAGAAUAAUGGAUCUGAAACAAUUGUUUUACUUUAAAUUUUCUGUCAUUAAAACUUGCCAGCAAAAGUAGUUAAGAUUAAUUGCAGUGAUUGCUGCCAGCACAAUGGAUUAUUCUCCUUCAUUAGUCAUCUCCUGGAAGCAAUUAGGGUGCCCCCCCCCCCAAUUUUGUAAUAUGAGAAGGAAAUUGUGUUCUGCUGUUAUUUCGAUUAGUGUGAACAUCUUUCCAUUAGCUCAUAUGCAUUAGGAAUCUAUAGGUUUUUCAGACCUGUCAGUGCUGCAAAAUGUAUGCCAUGGAAGAUAUUUUGCUACUGCCAUUCUAAGUUAGGUUAGCUCUUUAUUUUACAUUCUGAUUUACAGUACUAUACUGACACAGCUGUGAAAACCUAAUAUUCUACUGUGUUUUAAAGCAAUUCCCAAAUUCUCUGAGUAAUUAUUUCUCUUCUACCCUUUCUAAGAACAGGACUUCAGUGUACAAUGCUGCAUCACAAGUGACAAAUGCAAAAUUCUGGUUUCAUUUCUUUUGCAUAGAUUUCCCUAAAGGAGAAUAAAUAUAGCUGAAUAAAAACAUGGGAACCGAAGAAAGCAUAUAUCCAUGUAGAAAACAUCAAAUGAUGUUUCCAAAAUAUUUGUUUUGUUGCCAUAGAAAAUCCAUUAUUAGGGGUUAUUAUUGUAUGAAUCUCAUUCUAACCUUUUUGAGUACAAUUCUUGGAUGAAACAUUAAAAGGAUAUAGUUACUGCCAAGCUUAUUCUGUACAUGUUCUGUAAAAGCAGCCACAGCACUGCUGCCUUUGAAUUUUUCAUUUAUAUACAAUAUGUAUAGCUGCUGUAAAAUAGAACAUAAUUUUGUUCCAGCACAGUUGUAUUUCCUAAAACUUUUUGCAUUUAUUUUAUUUAUUUGUUUGGAGCAGUAUUGGCAUAUCAUAAACACAUGGUUACUGUUUUGUAUAGUCUUAAUUCACCCAGUCCAUGUAUGCUGUAAAUGUGCUAGUCUUUAGGGAUUAAAAAAAAAAAUAAAGAACUGACAAGUAUGCUGAGA